GGCUGACGCUGCAGCUGGCGCAGCUUCGGCUCAGAGCAGCCGCCGCGGCGCAGCAGAGCGGCUCCAUCCCCCGCCCGUCCGCGCGCCCGGGCCGGGGCUAGGCCCCCCACCGCCGGGUCCCCCGGGGCUGCAGCAGCAGCGGCGCCGCCCGCGGUUCCCGCUGGGGCCCGGGCGCCGGCCCCGCUCUGCAGGAUGGGCACGGUGCUGUCGCUUUCCCCUGCUUCCUCGGCCAAGGGCCGGAGGCCGGGAGGGCUGCCGGAGGAGAAAAAGAAGGCGCCGCCCGCGGGGGACGAGGCGCUGGGGGGCUACGGCGCGCCGCCGGCCGGCAAGGGCGGCAAAGGCGAGAGCCGGCUCAAACGGCCGUCCGUGCUCAUCUCGGCGCUCACCUGGAAGCGCCUAGUGGCAGCCUCGGCCAAGAAGAAGAAAGGCAGCAAAAAGGUGACGCCCAAGCCAGCGUCCACCGGUCCCGACCCUUUGGUCCAGCAACGCAACCGCGAGAACCUUCUCCGCAAGGGCCGCGACGCCCCCGACGGUGGCGGAACAGCCAAACCCCUGGCCGUGCCGGUGCCCACGGUGCCCGCGACCGCUGCCACCUGCGAGCCCCCGUCGGGGGGCAGCGCAGCCGCCCCGCCACCGGGCUCAGGCGGGGGAAAGCCGCCGCCGCCGCCACCCCCAGCCCCGCAGGCGGCACCGCCGGCGCCCGGAGGCUCGCCGCGGCGGGUCAUCGUGCAGGCGUCCACCGGCGAGCUGCUGCGCUGCCUCGGCGACUUCGUGUGCCGACGCUGCUACCGCCUCAAGGAGCUGAGCCCCGGCGAGCUGGUGGGCUGGUUCCGCGGCGUGGACCGCUCGCUGCUGCUGCAGGGCUGGCAAGACCAGGCCUUCAUUACCCCCGCCAACCUGGUGUUCGUGUACCUGCUGUGUCGCGAGUCGCUGCGCGGGGACGAGCUGGCGUCGGCCGCCGAACUGCAGGCCGCCUUCCUCACCUGCCUCUACCUCGCCUACUCCUACAUGGGCAACGAGAUCUCCUACCCACUCAAGCCCUUCCUCGUGGAGCCCGACAAGGAGCGCUUCUGGCAGCGCUGCCUGCGCCUAAUCCAGCGGCUCAGCCCGCAGAUGCUGCGGCUCAACGCCGAUCCCCACUUCUUCACGCAAGUCUUUCAAGACCUCAAGAACGAGGGCGAGGCCGCGGCAAGCACCGGGGGUCCAUCGAGCGGAAGCGCGUCCACCACCUCCUCCUCGACCGCCAGGGACAGCUGCGCGGCCGGAGCCAAGCAUUGGACUAUGAACUUGGACCGCUAGGGAUUCCCAGGGGCUGUGCCCGCCCCCCGCCCCAGCCCCUCACACACACCCGGAACCCCCGGGACCAUCAAGCCACCGUCGCUAUUACCGCUGCUCUACGCCCAGGCUGGGCCGAGGAGGAGCCGCCCCUGCCCCACAGGGGAAGGUGGAGGCUAGGACGCCAGAGGCCGCGGUGUCUGGAUUUACUGGGCGUGGGGUGGGCGUGGGGGAUGAUCGCGGGAAGUGCACCCCCAACUUCGUUCACCCUUUCCGUCUGUCUGCGCCUCCAUCUUUCCAUUUCUGCCCUGGUCUCCCACUUCCCCGCUGUGGGCAUCUCGAAGUCCACCACCCUGGGUUUUGUCCAGGCCCUCACCUUUCUGGGUCUUCGUCUUUCCUCCCGUCUGCAGUCCCCUCUCUUUGCCUGUCCAUUGGCAUUUCCUGGGCUUUACCCUUUUCUACCUUACCCGGAGCCUGAUGGUACCCCAUUGCCGUCCCCGGUUCUCCAGCACCUAUGUUUCCAAAUAUCCUUCUUGUUCCCUUUCCUUCCUCGGGUCAUAUGUCACCUCCUUCCCUCCUGUCUGCCUUCCCUCUCUCUGCUUGUGUCAUCCUGCACCCCCCCCCCACCAGCCCACUCCCCAAGACUCUACACCCUUUUCCCCAGAUCAAAACGACCCUUAGUUUUUUUAUUUGGAUAGACUGGACAGAAAUCUGCAGUACCGAGUGUCCAGGCAAAGAUCAGGGUGAUCCUUUCCUUCACCCCCACGGCCUCUCCCCACCUUUUCCAACGUGUUGCAUGCUGGGAGUUGAGGGGGGAAAGGGCUGCUGCCUUCAUUUAGGAGGCUGAGAUUUGAGGGCAAGAUCCAACCCGGUAGACUACCCCGCUUGCGGCGGUGGUGUCUUCUCUGUGGAUGGGUAGAAAGAGAAAGAAAACUCUUCUUAUCUGGGGGAGGGGCGUCCUCUUCCUUAUCUUUAGAUUUCUUGUUAUAGCCCCUCCCCACACUUUAAUUUAUUUCGCUGUUUCAGGAGGGAGGGUGGGUGGGGAGGGGGCUGGGCCGGGAAUUGUCCGAGGUGCUGAGCUGGGCGGAACCGGAAUCCUCCUGGGAGAGUACCAGGGACUGGGUUGGGCCUGGGGCCUUGUCCAAGGUGCCAAUGAUGCGGGCCGACGGCGCAGGCCGCAUUAUCUGUCCGUCUGUCCUGGAGAGAACUAUAAAGCGCUGGAAGCGCCUACAGAUGGUUUUGCGCCGGCCUCUCUUUGGGUCCUGGGAGGGUGGAAAGGAAUGGGCGUAGGAGAGAAACUGUUAGGGGUAGGGCAGGAGGGCGAGAAACAGGGAUCGAGAGGGAAAAUCAGGUCCCUGAGAUCUGCAACCUGCUACCUGCCCCCACUGGCUUUCAUUUUAGAGUAAAGCGUGAUAAGCGAGGGUUGAGGCUGAAUUUACCUCCCCAUCCUGGCCUCCAUCUUGUCUGCCCUACCUCCUUAUUAAUACUCAGGCUACUUAAGGACAAAUGGCAAAGAGACAAAGUCUCCCCUUCUGGGAGGUGACCCU